AUGGAAGAGCCCGGAUCGGCAGCACAACCUCCGCAAAGUGACACGUCCAGUAACACCAGCUCUAACGAUUGUUACUUCGAUCUUCCGUCGCGGUUUCCUCUCUCACAGAUCAUUCCGAUUGGCAAAGGUGCGCAAGGAGCCGUGUGCAGUAUCCUGGAUGAACGAACAGGACAACGGUUGGCGGUGAAGAAGCUUUUGCAGCCAUUUCGAGAUGUGACGAUCGCAAAACGAUCGUACCGUGAAAUCACUCUACUGCGCCUUGUCGAUCACCCAAAUAUCAUCAAACUUCUGUACGCCUACACACCACAGGACACGUUGGACACCUUCCGCGACGUGUAUCUCUUCACCGAGUUGAUGGAUGGCAAUCUGCGAAGUGUGAUCGGAACCAAGCUUGAUCAUGAGCGUAUCUCGUUUCUCCUGUACCAGAUGCUGUGUGGUAUUAAACACCUGCACGCGGCCGGCAUCAUCCAUCGUGACCUGAAACCCUCAAAUAUCGUCGUGUGUAGCAACUGCAAUCUGAAGAUACUUGACUUUGGUUUGGCGCGGAGUGUUGAUACCAGCUUCGCUAUGACGCAGUAUGUCGUGACACGUCACUAUCGGGCACCUGAGAUCAUCCUGAACAUGGAGUACGACACCAAGGUGGACAUUUGGUCGAUCGGUUGCAUCAUGGCGGAGUUGAUUACGGGCAAUGUGUUGUUUCCCGGCACUGACCACGUUGACCAGUGGAUGCGUAUCGUGGAGACGUUAGGAACCCCACGCCCGGAAUUCAUCGCCCGCACGACACCCGGUGCCCAGCGAUACAUCAACAGCCAGCCGAUAAACCCGGGUCGACCGUUUGAAGAGCUGUUCCCAGAUGAAGCGUUCCAGGCGGCCGCAUCCACGAGAUUUCCACACCUGACGAACGAAGUGGCACGUGAUUUGUUGCGCAGGAUGCUAGCUUUCGACCCAAUGGAGCGAAUAUCGGUCGAUGAGGCACUGCAGCAUCCCUACAUCCACGUGUGGUACUACGAGGAGGACGUGAACCGCCCGGUUCCGAAGCCAUACGAUCAUUCCAUCGACGCGGCGAACCUCAGCGUGGAACAGUGGAAGGCGCUGUUGUUCAAGGAGGUUCAGGACAUUCAGAGGACCAUGUCGCUGGAUGGGACCAACCGAUGAGUCGGUGUCGCCACGACGGCGAUCCGACCAUGGGGCG